GCACUCCCUGUGUGAUUGUAUCAUUCCCUCACGUGGACUUAACAGCAUGUUCAGCAAAAUGUACGCCUAUUUGAUGCGCCACACCCGUUUUGAAAACCGAACUCUUUGAAGUAUUAAAAAAAAAAAGGAGUGUAGUUACUAUGACAUGAUGUUUUAACUUUUUUUCCACCCGUGAACAUCCUAAAGCGUGGAAAAUAUUUGAGAAAAAAAAAAAAAAAAAAAAAGCAGAUACGCUGAGCAGAAAAGAAGGAUGGUUCAUAUUCCCCAAAAGUUGAUCGUUCAUUACCACCACUGUUCUAUAAAAGGUGUUGGUGAAUUUUUUAUAGACUGCUUAACCGUCCAACUGCUUUUUUUGAAAACUGUUUUAAAUUGCCCUUUCGUUCACCUGGUGGGGGAGGCACACCCCUUCAGCAGUUAUGGGUCUUACCCCUACGCCUUUAACACACUGGAGGGGAAUAUCCUCUUUGGAGAAGAAAUUAUCGACUACAUGAAAAAUGUUUACCUGUUUGACUCGAUUGCGUAUGAACCCUACUUUGGUGUAGUAAACGAGCUGAAGGCAAUUUUGGAGUACUUCCUUUGGGUGGAUGACGAGAUUUACCACAACUUUACCAAAAAGAUUUACAAAGAUAGGUUCUUCUGUUUGUACUAUAUUUAUCUGACGAGAAGACUAAGACGGGAAAACUACGAAAAGUGCCAAAUGACUGGGCUGGAUAACCACAAUUUGAAUAUAACCAGGCUGAAGAAAAUUUUAAGCAUCUUGGAGGAGGUCCUAUGCAGUGGCGACAAUUCCACUGGGGAAGGACGCGACGUCUGCUACUUCGACUGCUUGUGCUUUUCCAUUCUGUCUAUACUUUACUCCCUUCCGUCGAAAUUCAACGAGGACCUGCAGCGUGCGCUGCUCUCACAGCCAAGCCUGAUCGAAUUCGUGAGGAGCCUCAACCAACGGUACGGGGUAUGGGGAAAUGAAAAGUCGUUUCUCCAAGGGGUUAGCGAGGCGAAGUGUUUGUCUCCAGGGUGAGCGCUGGUAGUGGGCGUCUUCCAUUCGUUUGAAUAUGUUAAGCUACGCUACGUUGUGUUAAUCAGUGCUAUGCUAUACCGUACUAUGUUAUUUUCUGUUUUGUGUUUUUUUUUUUUUUUACGUUGCCCCCCACUGG